AAGAAAAGAACCAAGAAUGAAUUCAGCUCUUGUUUUGUUCAUCGUCUUCUGCUGCAUCACUUCCAUCAGCAUUUGCCUGGCGGAUAACGAUAAUGUCUGGGACGCUUGUCCGACCGAUACAACGGCGAAAGAAGCCGUGUUCAUCAACGGUUUCCCUUGCAAGAAGCCUUCAAGCAUCAUUGCUUCGGAUUUCAAGGCAUCAAGUCUGAAAGAAGCUGGGGAUACGGACAACUUUCUUCGUUCCUAUGUGAAUAUUGUCACUGCCUCAGAUUUCCCAGGCCUGAACACACUAGGCCUAUCGAUUGCUCGAACCGACCUCGAUCUCGAUGGUGUGGUGAUGCCUCAUUCUCACCCCAGAGCCACCGAGUUGUUCUUUCUCCGCAAAGGUGUCGUUCUCGCCGGCUUCAUCGACACCAACAACACUCUCUUCCAGUCGUUUAUCAAAGAAGGAGAUGUAUUCUUGUUUCCCAAGGGAAUGCUCCAUUUUUGCUUGAAUGCCGGUUAUGAGCCGGCCAUUGCAUUCUCAGUGAUGAGCAGCCAGAACCCUGGCGUGGUGAGCAUUAGUGGCGCCAUCUUUGAGACCAACAAAGAAAUAUUAGAUAGGAUCAGAUGAAGAUUGAUCUCUGUUCGGGCAACAAGUAUGGCCAACUUUUCAAGAAUUCAUAUCCAGUAAAAAAAACAUUGUGUUUUAAAAAUACAUGGUAUUUCUUAUACUUCAUGAGUGCAAAAUGCAACCUUUGAUUGUAAAACAAAGUGUUAAUUAUUUGAGUGCACUGAUGUUUCAGUUUGCAGAAGAAAGGUCUUUUCUCUUGUAUUUA